AUGUGUUAUUUUAAUCGUUUAUCAGCUAUUUCACCUGCAUCUGAAACUCAAAUCGCAAUUGGCGCUUUCUUUUCAUUGCAUAAUCCUCCAGCAUCACAUGGGGGUGGCCGUUUACGAGAAUGUGGUGAUAUUCGUGAAGACUAUGGUAUUCAUCGAGUAGAAGGCACAUUCUGGAUUCUUGAUCAAAUCAAUGCAAAUCAAGCGAUAUUACCCAAUGUUAAUAUUGGAUAUCAAAUUCGUGAUUCGUGUUGGUAUGCGCCUGUUGCUCUUGAACAAACUAUUGAAUUUAUUGGUAAUUCAGUAUUAACUGCAGCAGAUUUAUCGGCAAACUCUAAUGGAAAUCGAGCUCAAUUAGCUGCUAUUAUUGGUCCUGGUGACAGUUCGAUUACGAUGCAAACACAUAAUAUAUUACAAUUAUUUGAAAUGCCACAAAUCGGUUAUUCAGCUACAGCAAAACAAUUGAGUGAUAAAGAAAAAUACAAAUAUUUUACACGUGUUAUCGCAUCAGAUACUCAGCAAGCACAAGCAAUCGUUGACAUUAUUCGGCAAUUUCAAUGGAGUUACGUUGCUACAAUUGGCACUGAAGGUGAUUAUGGUCGUGGUGGUGUAGAAGCUAUCCGUCGUCUACUUAAUAAAGAUGCAUGUAUUGGUGCAGAUUUAACUAUGCCCAUCGGUGCAAAUAUAACAGUUGCUGUUCACCUAAUUUCACAGCUUGCUGCACGUGCACCUCAUGUACAAGUACUUGUAUGUUUUUGUCUUGACCAUUCUAUUCGAGCCAUUUUACAAGCAGUCAAGGAAUUAAAUUAUACACAACGAUUUGUUAUUGUUGCCAGUGAUGCUUGGGCAGAUCGUCUUAAUGUAAUACCAAACAAUACUGAACCUGUAGCACUAGGCGCCAUUACCAUUAAAGCUCGUUCAUUGCGUGUACCUGGCUUUGAACAAUAUUUUCGUAAUUUACAUGUACACAAUAAUACACGAAAUGUUUGGUUUCGUGAAUAUUGGCAACAGAAAUUUGCGUGUGCAUUAAUUGGUUACGAUGAUAGUAAUAAUAAUACUCGACGAUUGAAUAAAUAUUCUCGUACAUGUGUACCCGAACAUGAAAGUCUUAAGAAAGUACCUUAUAAUGAAGAUCCGAAACUUGCAUUUGUAAUCAAUUCAAUAUUAGCUGUUGUACAUGGUCUAGAUAAAAUGCAUAAGCAAGUUUGCAAUGGAACGAGUGGUCUGUGUGCUGAUAUGACUCGUAUGAAUUCAUCGUUAUUAAUGCAUUUUUUAAAAAGCAGCCGAUUUACAGGAAUAACUGGCGAAGAAGUCUUUUUUGAUGAAAAUGGUGAUGGACCUGGAAGAUAUGAUGUCCUAAAUCUACAAGGAAAUGCAGAUAGAAAUGCAGAUACAUUCGAUCAUAGUCUUCAUUAUGUUCAAGUUGGAACGUGGAGUACAGGAAAAUUAAAUUUAAAUACAUCAAUAAUACGAUUUUUUUCUGAUCAACGUCCAUUGGAAAAACUGAAUGUUCGCCGUUUUUGUAGUGAAUCUUGUAAAAGUGGUUUUGUUAAGAAAUAUACCGAUGAUGAAAAAUGCUGUUGGAAAUGUCAUUCAUGUGGUGAUGCUAUUGUACUUGAUGAAACAACAUGUUUUACUUGUCCUGCUGGAUUUUGGCCUAAUGAAGACCAUACUGCGUGUGGUCUUCUACCAAUUACAACAAUAAAUUUUCAUCACCCAUUAUCAAUUAUAAUCUGUUUGGUGGCUGCUAUUGGUAUCCUGAUAAGUUUUUUUGUUCUUUAUAUAUUCAUGCGCUUCAAUGCAACACCAGUUGUUAAAUCGACCACAAGAGAAUUAAGUUAUUUAAUAUUAAUGGGUAUUUUAUUUUGUCAUUUGACAGCAUUUGUUAUUUUACAAAAGCCAUCCUUUAUAAUAUGCGUAUUAACACGUUUAUUACCUGGUAUAUCAUUUUCGAUGAUAUACGGCUCAUUGGUAACAAAAACGAAUCGUAUAGCGCGUAUAUUAGCACGUAGUAAAAAGAAAAUAAUAACACGACGCUUAAAAUUCAUGAGUGCAAGACAUCAACUUGCCAUUGCUUGUUUUAUACUUGUCACGGAAGUCACGAUUGUUGGUGUGACUGUUUAUCGAGAUCCGCCAAAAGCUGUUUUAAUUGAAACAGGUGGACGUUUAUUACUUACAUGUAAAAAAUCACUGCAAGGCAUUGUAGCUCCCCUUGGUUUUGAUGGUCUUCUCGUUUUUUUAUGUACACUUUACGCUAUCAAAACAAGAAAUCUACCAGAAAAUUUCAAUGAAGCGAAAUUUAUUGGCUUUUCAAUGUAUACAACAUGUGUUAUAUGGUUAGCAUUUGCAGCCGUAUAUUUUGCUAUUGAGGUUAAAGUGUUUUCAUUAUGUGUUGCAACCAAUGCAAGUGCUUAUGUUGUACUCAUAUUUCUGUUUUUUCCAAAACUUUACUUAAUUAUAUUUAAACCAGAAAAAAAUCAACGAAGUGCGUUUGCAACAAAUAAAGAUAUUCGUUGUCAUUUCGGUUCAUCGACAACAUCUAAAAGUGACAUGUCAUCUUAUCGUUAUAGUGAAGGUUCAUCAUUAUUUCGUAAAUCAGUUUUACAUCGUAUUCGUUUUGGUAAUACACUACGAUUAAAAGCUGAAUUUAUUAAUUCAACUGCAUCAUCACUACGUACAAACGAUUUUCCUGGUAGUGAUCGUCGUCCAUCACGUUCUCUCUCGGCGUAUCCAGAUCAAUGGACACAUCAUCAUCAUCACCAUCGGCGUUUGUCGAAUGCACCACAACUAGAAAUAGCAACAGCCAGCACAGACGAUUUAUGUUACCGUACAGAUAUUUUAAAUCAGAAAACAUCAAAUAAUAUCACAGACGUACUAGCGAUAGAUUUAACAUCUAUUCCUUCACCACCAGCUCCGACACCGGUACUAUCUGCAAGCUCUUUAGCAGCUUCAGCUAUUAUUAAUGAUCUUGAUCAUGAUGAAAAAGAAUCGAUGAUUGAACAAAAACAACAACAACAGCCAGUCGCACAUUUUCCUGACUGUGUUUAUGCAAUAACUCAACCGAACAAUGUGAAUUCUCUCGGACCUAAUGAUGUUCUUCGACAACGUGGUCGAAGUAAACGUAAAAAGAGUAAUUCUGAUUCAACAAAUGAUAUUGAAAGUGAAUCAUCCAGUCUAUGGACAAAUGACGCUGUUGGAAUACAUUCAAUUCAAAACCCAACCAAAAACCCUGAUACUGUUUGUGCAUGCCAAUUGUUAUGGCAAUUAGAGCGAGAAACGGAUAGUAUCGAUAAAUUUAAAUUAUUUUUUAAACGCGAUCAUUUAAAUGUCGAUUGGGAUUAUGUACAAGGUUCGAGUGAAGUUUAA